ACAGACAGACCGCGGCACUUCGACAGACAGAGAGUGGAUGCUUGGCAGCCGAGACACGCAGCGCUUCAUUUCGUGAACUCAGAGGGGUGAACAAUGAAAAGCCACUCAGCUUUGCCCACCUGUUUGCUGCUGAUUUGGACCUUCGCAGUGUUUGUCAGCUGUAAGGACGAUCCACCCCAGAUAUUAGUGAGCGAGCUUGCUGAAGGAAUUAAACUGAUUUGUCCUACUGGCUAUUGGAUUGAUCAACAAAAUAUAACUGAACUACAAUUGUCAUACAGCGAUAGCAACACAAAUGAGUAUGAAUGCAUUAAGAAGCCGACUGAGUCCACGACUGAUUCCACAGCUGCUGACGUUCCAGAAUCACUGAAAAUCUUCGUGAAGUUUCGCACCUGUGACAACUGCAUAGAGCUUGAUGCAGCUUCCAUAUCAGGCAUGAUAAUAGGAGAUGUUGUGGCCACCAUUGUGGUAGGAGUGGGUAUCUAUCUCAUUGCUUCUCAUGCUCGGACCGGCCCUGUCACCUCUACCAAGAAGAGUAAAAGCUCCGACAGACAGCAUCUGGUUUCUGAAGGCAGAGGAACCAAUGACCAUUACCAGCCUCUGAGGAUGAGAGCUGGCCAGAGAGAUGUAUAUGAUGAACUCCAGAGAAACUAGACGGGAGGAAGCUCACAGAGGUCUGCAGCUGGAAGCUAAAGCUCCAUGAGUCCUCAUAUCUGAAACAUCUGCAGGAGGGAAAAAUCACCUGUUUCCAGUCUGACUUUGCCUUUGCCCAUCUCUAAUGAAAAGCUUCUUCUAGCUUUAUUUUCAUCAUUCUUGUAAGAUGAUGCUUUACACUCAGUGUUUCAGAUGUUGUCGUGAUCUAGAUAAAAAGUUGAAUUGUGAUGUUUUUCUUAUUAAGAACUGAGACUGUGUUUUCAUGCUGUUGCUAACUGUGCAAACUUGUCUAGUACUUUUCUUUAGUACAGUUUUAAGGUACCUGCUUUGUUAUACAAACGAUAUACUUCAGAGCGUAAUGCUGUGCUUUUUAGUACCCUAUAUUGUAACAUAUGAUAAUAUAAAUAAUUCUGUGACUGUAUGCUUUUGCAGAGAUUGUAGUGACUCUCUUGCUAAACUCGUGCAUUUGUAGUUUGAUCAUAGCUCAUUUGCCAAAAAAAAUUACACAAUAGAUAAAGUUAUAGAUUCAUUUGACUGAUGACUUUAUUGUUAUUAUUUGUAUUAUUUCUAAAUUUUAAUUGAAAUCCUUAUUAACAUUUUCAGAUUGUUAUUGUGAAGUAAAAAUCUUCUUUGUAAAUGUUAAAAAAAACACACAUAAAAAGGCUUAUAAAAUAAAUAAAGUGCUGUUAAACCA